UUGAAUUUUAAAGCUAUGAUGCUGUAGAGGCAGAAGAAGAGGCAGUUAAUACAGAAUUUGAAACGAAUGCCCUAGAAUAGCAGUCCAGAUUCUCAGAGGGUAUAUUCAAUCAUCACUCUAAGUACUUGGUUAUAGAAAUAUAGUAUUACAUUUCUAUAUUUAUGGUGGGCAGGGCAUUGUUACUCUAGCAUUCAUGAAAAAUAGGGUAAUGGGAACUGGUAGCACCAGGUGAAUGUUGGGGCACGUAAACGGAGUUGUCUGUUUUCAAGAGUGGUUUCUACCAACUGCAGUGGUUUCAGAAAGCCUUCUUUAUCCUUAAGAUCCUCCUCUCCACCUUGUCAGACUGGUUUCCGGGGAUUGUGACUUGCAGGGUCCGCCAUGGAGCCAGAGCAGAUGCUGGAGGGACAGACGCAGGUUGCAGAAAACCCUCACUCUGAGUACGGUCUUACAGACAAUGUCGAGAGGAUAGUAGACAAUGAGAAGAUGAAUGCAGAAAAGUCAUCAAAACAGAAAGUGGAUCUCCAGUCUUUGCCAACUCGUGCCUACCUGGAUCAGACAGUUGUGCCUAUUUUAUUACAGGGACUUGCUGUGCUUGCAAAAGAAAGACCACCAAAUCCCAUUGAAUUUCUAGCAUCAUAUCUUUUAAAAAACAAGGCACAGUUUGAAGAUCGAAACUGACUUAUUGGGAAGAACAGAAAAAUUUGGUUUCUACUGUAGAUUUACAUGAUUAAGAGGCAGCUUUAAUUGCCAUGAUUUUCCCCCCUUUUUGGAAGUAUAAGAACCUUCAGGACAACAGAACUUAUUUCCGGAAUUACAGAAGAAAACAUAUAUCCCUUAUUUUGAUUUAAUCACCAUACUUAUUUAAUGAGUGUAUUCUGUGCAAUUUUUUCUCAGAUUGUCUUUAACUUUGUUUUUAAAAUGACCUUCAAAAUAAACUGUUAAAGCGUCA